CUAUGUGGUCCAAAUUCAGAGUCUUUUGCCUCAUUUCUUGGGGUCUUAACGCGAGCGCAUGUGCCUAUUGUUAUGUCAAAUUGGAAGGACCUUAAAGAAAAAAACAAGGAUGAGCUUUGGUCAUUACUUCAGCAAAACUACAUAGUGGGAGAUGAGCAUAAAAAUUUUAUUUUUAGGAUGAUGGGGAAAUAUUGGAGACAAUUUAAAUCAAAAAUAACAACAGCAAUUCGUGAAGCAAGUAAAAGAAAGCAUAAGGCACGUGCCAUUUCCCUUGUGAAGCCAGACAAUGUAAAGUCAAAGGAAGAUUGGGACAAAUUUGUCAAAGAAAGACUUGGAGCGGAAUUUCAAAAACUAAGUGAAAAGUUUAAAGCAAUGAGAAAGAAGCAAAAGUACACACAUACAAUGAGUCGAAAAGGCUAUGCCCGUAUGGAGUAUGACAUGAAAUUAAAUCAUCCAAAUCCUGAAGAAAUAAAUAGAGUGACAUUGUGGACAAAAGCGCAUGAGAGAAAGGAUGGUACACCAAUUAACGAAGUUGUUAGCAACAUAUUGAAAGAUAUAAAGACGUGCAAUGAGUCGAAAGAGAAUCCACCAGCGAGAAAUUCUAUACGAGAUGAUGCUAUAGCAAGAGUUUUGGGACCUGAAACUCGUGGCCGAGUUCGAGGGCUUGGGUUUGGUGCAACACCCUCUAGAGUAGAUGCAGUAAUUCAAGGCAGUGAACGAGUUAAAGAACUUGAAUCCGUAGUGAAAUCUCAAUCUCAAAGGAUGCAGCUAAUUGAAGCCAAACUUGAAGCAUUUAUUAAAAUGUCUCAAGAGCCUCAAAAUAAGAAUGUAGAGGAUAUGAUAAGUGCACAUGCAUGUACUCCUCAAUCACAACAAGGAAGCCGUCAUGUACAAGAUAAAAGUUACAAUGUGAAUGCAAGAUGUGGUCAAAGUAGCAAUCUUGAAUAUGGAAGAUGUCAACUUUUACACUGGUACAAUUUUGAAUUGGAGCAAGUUGUAGCUGAGGGACAUAUUGCCUCAACAGACCCAACUGUUAAAGUUCAUCAUAUGCCUAUUGGACGUGAUUGUUGGAAGGUUUGGGUUGAUGAAGUGCUUGAUGAAGAACUUAACUUGUAUAGACCCACAGAUGAAGCGCGAAGACUUGGUGAAGCUUUAGGCAGUACUGUUGCAUGGCCAAAAAGCUGUAUAAAAUUGCUUAACUAAGGUGCUUAGACCAUGUUUGACAAGGCUUUCAAAUUGUGAUACUCAACAGUUUGACAAGGAUUUUGAGGUGCAACUAACCAAGUUUCUAAAGCAUGUUUCAGCAUGAUCUUUAAGUGCAAUCAAUCAUGUUUUUAGAUCAUUCUGACAAGGAUUUUGAAUUGUAAUUAUAGGCAUAGAACAAUCAUUUUGCACAAUUAGAAUUGGGAUGAAUAUAUCUUUCUAAUAUGUAUGGAACUCCUUAUUUAUCUUUUGAAUGAAAGCUGUGUAUUAUAGGCUGUCU